AACCGAUAAUUCAAUUGAUGGUCGUAACAGUUGGCUCUCAUUUUUAAGGAAUGUUUUUGGAUUUAUUUGUUUCGGGGGAACAGUGCCCUAGACUGUAUAUAAAUACUGUUUAUGGAGGCUUAUGUGUGAAAUCAACAAAACGACUUCCGCGCAGAAAGAUUAGUAUGAGGGUCAAACGGCCCACAGAUCGCAUGAUGUCAAAUCGCAUCAUCAGAAGAGAGAGAGAGAGAGAGAGAGAAAGGGGAGCAAACGCAUCGUCGACCGUAAUGCAGAAUGUUGAGAAAUAUGACAGCCCAGCAAAAACUGUUGAUUCUCGAAAGUCAGCCGUAUCUCAUACUGAACAAUCACAGUAUGAAGUGAGUGUAUUUGUACAAUACGAAGAAAACAAACCUGAAAUGUGCAUUAUGCGAUGAAAUAUUGUGAUUUAAGGUAGACUGUGAUCAGUUAUAUAGCUUCUGUCAAAAUGACUUUUGUCGGACAAAUGAAUGUUUAUAAAGUUAGCAAAACAGAAGUUGAUACAUCGGUUACCGAAAUGACUUUGAUCGCUGUAUAUAU